AAUCGAUUUACCAUAUUUGACAGCUUAGAAACUUCUUAUUCUUGUAAAAUUUGUAGCUGUUCCGGUGCCCUAUCUGGUUACAAUUUGAAGUCUAAUAAUUUCGUAACAUAAGUUAUCUGUGAGGCAAUAUAAUUAUGAACAAUGGCAGCGCCAAGAAGCGGCCAUCGCCCGAAGAUGGAAAUACAAUUCGAAAAAGGCAAAAAUCAAGGGAAAGUCCAAUAGACAAUGAGAAAACAGAUGAGCCGCUUUCAUCGGAUGCUAAUAACGCGAAUACUGAAACAGUAUUAUCCUAUAUAAAUGGAUUUAGUGAAAUUGGCAUUCAGGAAGAAGGCGACAGUAAAGGUGUCGCCGAAUCAGUCAUUUUGGAAGAUUCGGUGUCACCAGCAACACCGACGAUAGACACAAUAAGCUCGAACGUUGCAACAGUAGUCGAAUCUAACACAAUUGACUUAAAGGCCAAGAACGAGAGUGAUCUCAAGUUAGAACUUUUUGAGAAUCAGAUGCCAACAACUCAACAGCAGUGUGAUGUAGAGCCUCCUGCAUCAGCAAUGGAGGUGGUGGAUGAAGUUGCCUUACCAAUGCUUGAUGGCAAUAAAGAUUGUGAUACAGUGCCUAUGCGCGAAGAAGCAAUUCUGGAACUAGAUCUGAAUAUUAAGACCACUAGUCAGUCAAAUGUGGAAGCUUCUAAAGAGGACAAAAUAAGCCCGAAACUGAGUCAAGUUGAAGAAAAGCAGGAGGUCAAAGAACCCGUGGUGAAAAACAAAGUGAUCCCUGCUCAGCGUCACUUAAAUUUUGAAGAAAUUUUAAUAAACACACAAUCCAAACUCACUUCGAAGAAAAAGGACCUUUGUUCGGGUGAAAGUAAUCAAGAAGUUUCAGUACGUUCCAGUGUGUCGCGGAAAGGUCUGUACAAAGAUAAGAAACGUUCGCAGAAGUACAGUGAAAAAGCGUCGAGGAUCAAAACUAAUUCAGGCAGCUGUGAAAAUUCUGACUUGGAGUUCACUUCUGACUCGGAAAAGUCAUCUGGAGUUGGGCAGAAAGGGGAAUCCAAUGACGAGUCACAUUCGUCAUUUUCACCCAUUUCUUUUGAUAACUCCGAUGACAACUUGGAGAAAGAAGAAAUUCUUGAAGUGGUGAAGAAAUGUAGUAGAGAAAACUUGAGCAUUAGCUCUGAUAAAUCUACUAAAAUUGUCAAUGUGGAAGAUUCGCUGGCGGACCUUGUGGACUUGGACUCAGAUGGAGACACAACAGUUACUGAUCCAACAACUACGAGCUUGGGGCAUUCCAAGUCGGCUAAGUCGCUAGCUCCCUCAACAGACCAUAUAAAGCAUCGCCUAUUGAGUCAAACCAGUGCUUCCCGGAAACCUGCUUUAACCAACAAAAGUCAACCACCCAAACAAUUGGUUUCCCAGGAGCCACUCUCGUUCAUUGCAGAGGCAAUGCAAGCAACCGAUGCGAUUUUUCCCAAAUUGAAAUCAAAAGAAUUGUCGGAUGAACUUGAGCCACCCGAGAAGCCUAGCACGUCUCCUAUAAGUCAGCCAAUAGAUGAUCGAAGAAAGAUCAUAGGUCCACGCACGUUGAGAUUCGAAACUAGCAACUCUAAAAGCUCCAUCUCUAGAGAGUCUCCUCAGGGAGUCUCCUGCUCAGAAAAAAAACGUGACUUUGAAGAGACCAUGAUAACGUACUUAACGAAAAUGUCACGUGAGCCGACUGAGAAAGAUAAAGAAGAGAAGAGCAACGCUGGAGCUGCCAACAGCAUCUCUUCGCCACGUUCUGCUAAAGAGUCGGACAGCGACGAUUCAGUUUGGCGACGAAAGUCUCAAACGUUGAAAACGGAUUUGAAUAACGGAAAAGACUUUUACGAAGAUGAUAGCACGUUUGAAGACGAUAGAUUCAAUUCUGACGAUGAAGACGACGCCAUUAACUCGGAUCUGCCUUACUCGAGCGUGUUGAACGACUACGAGCAACUCUUCCAUGAGAUUCGCAAGAUUGUCGAUCGAGUCCCCAACCGCUUCAAGUACGAAAUCUACAGCCUUCUGUAUCCGACUCUUACGAUAGUCUAUCUCCGAAUGAUUUCCAGCGGCAAGUACCGGAAGGGCAAGGCGUUUGUGGAAGGCUCUCUGCGGUACAUUGAUCACUCAUACAUGGCACGCGUGGAUAAGCUAAUGGUACUACAAACCCCAGGUGAUAUGCCAAACAAGGCCAAAAAGUUAAUCUCUGACGACAACGAGCAGGUUCCCGUCUGCAUGUUUGAGGAAACUUACUAUAUGUUACUGCUCUGCAUGGAGACCUGGAGCCGUUCCAUACAGAUGACGUUCAUAAGACAUUUCGAUCUAUUUCCUGAUGAUAGCAAUGGGGAGCCUCGUCAGCUCAGUCGCAUUGGCUCGGCUAUUUUGGAUAAAAUAUACUGGGCCACUACCGAUGCGGUCAAGGAAAAUAAAGAAGGUAGCCCGCGACCUUUGCGGCGCAGGCGAUUCAAGAAGGACAAACAUUCUCCGACUAGAAACGUCCAUGUGCCAACAGGCAAUCGCCUCUACACUCCAACUCCGAAGCGUUGGGAUCUGGAACGACAUAAGGAUGACGAGGAGCGCCGCGUGCCACUUAACCGCGAAAACUUGCCAUCGACCUAUCUCUAUACGGCGCUUGAAACCUCGGAGACUAUAAUAUGCGCCUGCUUCUCAAACAAGACAACAAUGCUAUCCGUGGGCACUGCCUCUGCUGCUAUCCAUAUUUUCUCGUUGACAUCCUCAAAGUUGGUGCAGCUCAAGUCGGCCAAAUGCCUGAAGCGGCUGGAUACUGGGAUGUCCGGUAUAGACGAGAGCAUGUUGGACGCGACCAAAAGAAAAAUGAGACGCACACUCUAUGGUCACCAAGGGCCCGUCUAUGGGUGCACCUUUGCUCCGCACGAUCGUUUUUUGCUCACCUGCUCACAGGAUCGAACUGUGCGCUGUUGGUGCCUGCUCUCCUGGAGCUGUGUUGUCAUCUACCCGGGCCACUGCGGGGCCAUCUACAGCGUCAUUUAUGCUCCCUUGGGCUACUACUUUGCCACCUCUUCGGAUGAUCGCACGGCGCGCAUUUGGACGCAGGACAGCAAGAAAUCAGUCUGCAUACUUGCCGGGCAUUUGGCCGAGGUUAUCUGCUGCCAAUUCCAUCCGAACAGGCAUUACCUAGCAACUGGCUCGGCUGACUGCACAGUACGCAUGUGGGACAUUGUUAAAGCCAUUCAAGUGCGCGUCUUCAGCGCCCACAGAAAUUCCAUCAAUGCUCUCGCCUACUCCAUAUGUGGGCGGUAUUUGGUCUCCGGAGCUGAUGAUAAUUAUUUGAUUGUUUGGGACUCUGAAAAGGAGGAAAUGGUUCGUUGUCUGGGUCACCACACUGCGCCCAUUAACUGCGUUGAGUUUGCGCUGGAUAACAAACUUAUUAUAGUCGGGGGCCAUGACUGCCAGAUGAGCAUUUGGGACUUUGAACGCUUGGUGCAGGAGUAUGAGCCAGAAAAAUCAAAACAGCUCAAUACGGAUACAGAUUCCAAACGACGUGAGCUACGCAGCGAAGAUUUCCUGAUCAAGUCAUAUGCGAGCAAAGGAACCCCAUUCUAUAAGCUGCGCGUUACUCGAAGAAACCUUCUGCUAGGUUUCUGUGUCAAGCCAGCAAAUAAUGAAGCAAAAGAAUCAAAAGAAACCUCUGAGAGCAAUGCUAAGUACACGGAAUGGCUAGAGUUCUUAGAUAUUCUAAAGCUGAAGGCCUGUUUUGCACAACCCAACAAUGGGAAAUCAAACGACUUGGAAAGUACAAAUGACGACAAUAAAAAGGAAGCCGAAGAGCCGUACAAUACCUCCGACGAUGAUUCCUCUGAUGAUGAAGUUGAUGAUAAUAUAGAUACUCUUAAACAACAAUACUUACAUUUCUCAGACGAUGAUAAUGAAGACACUGAACUAUUAAGGUACUCCAGCGAAGAAGAUUCUGCUGAUGAUGAAGAAUCAGAAGCAAUUAGUGAUUCCGAUGAGGACCUCUCCGAGGAUGACAAUGAAAACUCAAACUUGGUAGACCAGAACAGAAAUAGUUCCGAUGCUGAGCAGGAUGAUGAUGAAGAUUCAAUGGCGAGUUCCGAUGCUGAAACUGAUAAAAGUAAUGAAGAAUCAAAUGCUGAAGAUACAGCAGAAAAAGAAGAUGGAAAGGAUGAUGAAAUGGAACGAUCAGAUAUAUCAACUGCUGAAGAUACAGAAGAAGAAGAUGGAAAGAAUGAUGAAAUGGAAGUAUCAGAUGAAUCAAAUGCUGAAAAUACAGAAGUAAAAGAUGAUGGAAAGAAUGAUGAAGUGGAAGGAUCAGAUGAAUCAAAUGCUGAAGAUACAAAAGAAAAAGAAGAUGAUGAAAUGGAAGUAUCAGAUAAAUCAGAUGCUGAAAAUACAGAAGUAAAAGAUGAUGGAAAGAAUGAUGAAGUGGAAGGAUCAGAUGAAUCAAAUGCUGAAGAUACAGAAGAAAAAGAAGAUGAUGAAAUGGAAGUAUCAGAUAAAUCAGAUGCUGAAGAUACAGAAGAAACAGAAGAUGGAAAAACUGAUGAAAUGGAAGCAUCAGAUGAAUCAAAUGCUGAAGAUACAAAAGAAAUAGAAGAUGGAAAGUAUGAUAAAAUGAGAGUGUCUGAUAAAUCAGAUGAUGAAGAUACAGAAGAAACAGAAGAUGGAAAAAAUGAUGAAAUGGAAGGAUCAGAUGAAUCAAAUGCUGAAGAUACAGAAGAAGAUGGAAAUGAUGAUGAAAUGGAAACAGCAGAUGCAUCAAAUGCUAAAGAUACAGAAGAAAAAGAAGAUGGAAAGGAUGACGAAAUGAAAACAGCAGAUAAAUCAAAUGCAGAAAAUACAACAGAAAAAGGAGAUGUAAAGAAUGAUAAAAUAGAAGGAUCAGAUAAAUCAAAUGCUGAAGAUACAGCAGAAAAGAAAGGAAAGGAUGAUGAAAUGGAAGAAUCUGAGUCACCACAUAAUUCAGAUUUUGAAGAUUCCUCAGAUGGCUGUGAAGAUGAAGAUUCGCAAUCACUUGACAGUUCUGAUAUUGAAACUGAUCAAAAUGAUCAAGAAUCAGGAAGCUUAAUAACUCAAGAACAAAAUGAAUAUGUGACUAUUCAAAAUCAAAAAUCUGAUUCGCAUGAUAGAGAAGAAAAUGAAACAGUUUCAGUGAAGGACUUAGGAAGCAUCAACAUGAAAGAUGAAGAUAAAGAGCCUAUGCCAAAUCUGGAUGCCAGCUAUAAUAAAGAUGGAUGUGAAGGAACAGUACUUGACGGCGAACCAGUUGAUGUAAAUAAUAUGGACAAUAAUAAAAUAAUUUAUACGAGUACAAAAAAUAUCGAUACAGAAUCAGUUAGUACUGAUAUUGGUUCAGAACCGAAUUCUGAUAUUGAAUUAUCUGAAGAAGACAAACAGCCCGAAAGACGAAAUAGUUCUGAGGCAGAAAAUAAGGAUGAGAGUUCUGACGAAUGUGCAUUCAAUUCUAACGAAUAUGAUGAUUCUGACAAGGUGGAGAAAGCUAAUAAUUUAAUGGACAUAACAGACAUAACAGACCAAUGCAUUAACGAUGCCAAAGAAGGGUCACAAGUAAAAGAGCUAAAACUUGUAGAGAGUUGUAAUGUUUCCAUGGGCAAUUCUGAUAAGGAAGCAGAUAUAGAAGAGGACUUUGACAUUCAGUUGCUUAACAGUAGAAAAGAGAAUUCCGAUGUUGAAAACAUUGAGAAAGAUGUAAGCCAACCGUAUGAAAAUAAAUCAAUAAUUGGAGAAUUGAUUGAAGAAAAUAAAAAGGAAAUUGCCAUAUUUGAAUCAACUGUUGAAUCUACUAAAGAAGAAAAAUUAUCAGACAUACUUUCGAAUGCUAACAUCUUAAGCGAGAACGAAGCAUUGGUAGGAGAUUUGGAGGAACUAACAACAAAUCCAAGUUUUGAUAUUGAUUCAUUUGUUGAUGAACGCACAUCGAAUAUUUCGAUGUUAACUACAUUGGCGAAUACGGAAAUGAAUCAAGAACCAGCCCAGAGCUCGGACGAUAAGAUAAGAUUAGAGCAAACUGAAGAUAAGUUGAAAGUAGAGCAAAGUCCCAUGGUUGAGUUAAAGAUGGAUGCACGGGAAGAAGAGACAAAGGAAUAAUAGACAAUAAUAGAGGAGAAUAGAAGAGGAAUGAAAUCAAAUAUUACAGAUUUUUAAUAACUUAAAUUGGGAUUACAAAAUAGCAAUUCAAGAAUGUGUUGUAUUACCCGA